AUGGCACCUCCAAACGGACGUGUCUGCACUACUGACGUCAACUGGAUGCGAGCAGUAGAUGACCUACAUCCUCACAGCGAUGCUGUAAGGAGUGAGACUAAGCAGGAGGAUAUGUUGAAUCGCCCUUCAGACUUCGCUGUGAACCAAUUGAAGAAGUUUGGAUGGUCUGAAGGUGAUGGUCUAGGAAAGAAUAAAAACGGUAUUUCCGAGCCAAUCAAGGCAUCAAUGAAGUUCAGUCGAAGAGGUCUCGGAGCCACCUAUCAGACCGCAGAGAUCGACGGGCUUCUUUGGUCAAGUGUGUAUGAAAAGGCCCUAUCUCCUGUCGUCGUUUCCAACACUUUCAUCUGGCCGAAAGUCGAGUUUGUUUCAGCUGCGGCGUUCCAAGUUGAUGAAUCUCCAAACUGUCGUAAGAGGGAGUUGGUAACUAUCAAACCCAAGCCUCAGAGAACUCACGGCAAGUCAAAAGACGUUUCCAUGUCGCAAGAAAGGAGGAAACGAAAACGGCGCGAAUGUGGUGGUGUGAGUGUUAAAGACAUCGGCGACUGUGUGGAAAUGGGUGAGGAAAAGGAUAGGGGAACACAGGCCGUGAAAAAGAUGAAAUGUCCUAGGGAGGCAACAGGUGCAAAAGAGGGGGUAAACAUGAGGUCGUUCCUAAACUCUCUUUCUGGUACGUGUUUACUGGAACUUGGUAAUGGACGGACAGGACAUCCGGCUGCUCGCUUUGGGAUUCGGUGUGGUGGCAAAUUAGCAAGAGCUGCGAAGUAUCUUUAG